ACAGUACGCACACACAGUCUCAGUGGAGUGGACUUCAAACCUCGCGACGGGUGCAUCAGGUCGAGUGGUGCAGUGAAGUCAGCGCAGCGAACACGGGGCCAAGGCCCUCGCGCCUUCCCUUCCAAAAAGAACCCCGACGCUUUUGAGCCCAAGCCACCCAAGAGGUGCAAGACGGGAGAACCAGCAUCGCGCGGACCCUAAAGCUAAGCUAGAAUCUAACCUAGAGGCCCGGGUCACAUCAUCGCGCUACGGAUACCUGCCUCACCUUACACGUGUCACUGCCAGUAUUCGUACACCCCUUCCGGUCCCAAGGCACUGGUACUUCGGUCACAGGGAAUCGAGCAUAUCCCUCGCUUAACGUCUGCCCUACCUUACCUUCCAUUACUUGAGUGCCAGAUAUUACCUAAAAAUGGCUUCCGGCACCAAUUCAACAGCAGCCCGGGAUGCUGCCGGCAACGGAGAUUCGCAACCGCCGUCGUCAUCACCGUCGUCGCCGUCGUGGUCGGCACCGUCAGCCUCGGUUGGCGACCAUCUAGCGCAGACCCUAAAAGACCUUGCUAGAGGCGAGCAAACGGCUGCAGCUCUUGAGGCCAACCUGACAAAUCUGGAGAGCAAGCUGGACGAGCUCCUAGCUUCUUUUGACGUCCCAGAUGGCGAUGCCGCUACUGCCACUGCCGACGACAGCCCUGGCGCUGAGCAAGAGAGGGAGCAUCAACACGGUGGGGGUUCCAAGAAAGAAGAGUGAUGUUGGGUAGUGGUAGUGGGAAGGGAGAUAGAGAACGAGACGUGUGGGGACCCACGACAUCCAGCUCGGCCACCGACUCGGCCAGUUUGUGCAGAUUGGGCAGCGGUGGGUGGGACUGCUUUUUUUGCAUGAUACAAACUCAGCCUCUUUGUGUAGACGUAUAGAUAUUACCCUAGUAGGAUAGAUAGAGCCUAUAUUCUGGAGUGGACUGAACACGCCUUACGUCU